GCGCCUCUCGCAAGCCAAACACUCAGGGACAAGUUGUGGAGGAAGACGAGAAGGUCCGCAGGCAGAGCAGGAGUUUGACGUGACCAUGGUUCGGGGGCAGCACGGGGCCCCCCGCACGCGCACAGGCUGACACGCUACCUAUCGAUCACUGAUCGGAUGUCAGCCGUGCGUGUGGAGCAGAAGAGACGACGAGCGAAGGGGGGAGAAACAUGAGUCGGCAGCAGCAGGAGCAGUCCCAGGGAGUGGUUUUAACGGGUUACCACAGCAACGCGGAGCCGAUACCGACCGGGAGACCGCGCGCGCCCAGCUACCCGUCCGUCCACGACCACCAGUCCUCCUCCCUGCCCAGCAGAACCGGCUGCUAUAAUAUUCAGCAGAGCGACAGGCAUGGGUUCACCGGUGCUGCAAAAAUGCAGAGCGCUGACCGACCGCUGUUCACCAACCCCAUCUCUGCCACCUUGCCCAGGGCUCAGCUCUCCUCCAGCCCCAAAUCUGGCUCCAGCCCCAGGCACAGCCCCCGACACAGCCCCAAAUCCAGGUCCAGACCACUGCCUCAGCGCUGCAUCUCUCAGGACUCUCUGGAUGAGCUGCAGAUGGACGACUACUGGAAGGAGGUGGAGAAUAUCACCAGCUCAGGAGGAGGACAGGUUCAUGAGGAGGAGCAGCACAAGGUUUCUGAGGAAGGCGAGCACGAGGAGGCGUGGCUGAAAGAGGCGGGGCUGUCGCAGCUCGUCACUGGCUCACUGGCAGUCGAUCAAGAGCAGGAGGAAGACAGCGCCGUGUUCCUGUCCACGCUGACCAGAACGCAGGCCGCAGCCGUCGAGCGUCGGAUAAAGACGCUGCAGACACAGCGGCGACGCAACCGGCAGCAUUUACCCGACGUUCGGGAUAUAUUCAGACCGCCUGAGAAGGAGGACGAGAAGCCUAACAAAAUCAAACCGGGAAGUGAGAAUGGACGAAAAGAUACAUCUCCAGCCGCAGAAACGGAGACAGAACUCAAUGUGGAAGUGGCGUUUUCCGAGCAGGCGCUCUCUUACAGGGACCACCAUCUGAUGUUAAAAGUCCCGUCCAGCUCCAACUCACCGGACGACAAACUACCAAAUUUCAGGCUGCUCCGAGAUAAAACAGGUCAGACCAGAGUUGGAGAUCUGUCUCCUCUGGAUAUGAAAAAGGUCCGUAGGCUGGUGCUUGUGGAGAUGACUGCUCUGUUUGACACUGCUGGGAUUGACGUCAAGGCACACAAAGCUGUCAGAGUUAAGGCUAAAGAGAGCGGUCUGUUCGGCGUUCCUCUGCCCAUGUUAUUGGAGUAUGACCAGAGACGGAUUCCUGGGACCAAAGUGCCAUUCAUCCUGCAAAAGCUUAUUUGUCAUAUUGAGGAGGAGGGAUUAGACACAGAGGGUCUGCUGCGGAUCCCUGGAGCAGCCACAAGAGUAAAGUCCCUGUGCCAGGAGCUGGAGUCCUCGUUCUAUGAUGGGAUGUUCCCAUGGCAACAGUUGAAACAGCACGAUGCUGCCAGCCUUCUGAAGCUGUUCAUCAGGGAGCUCCCCCAUCCUUUACUGACCGUGGAGUACCUCAACGCCUUCAUUGCCGUCAACAAGCUCCCCACAAAGAAGCAACAGCUCCAAGCUUUGAACCUGUUGGUCCUUUUAUUACCCGAGGCCAGUCGGGACACUUUGAAGGCCCUGGUGGAGUUUUUCCAGCGGGUGAUUGACCAUCAGGCCAAGAAUAAAAUGACUCUGAACAACGUGUCGGUUGUCAUGGCUCCCAACCUCUUCAUGUUCAAAGGCUUUCGGUCCAAGGUCACAGAGCAGCAGGAGUUCUCAAUGGCCACCAGCACUGCCAACAUCGUCCGACUACUGAUCAGAUACCAGAAUCUUUUAUGGACAAUUCCCAAAUUCAUUGUGAACCAAGUCAGACAGCAUAACAUGGAGAGUCAGCGGAAACAGAAUAAAGAGAGAGCCGUUCUGAAGCUGCUGAAGAAGAUUACCAUGGACAAAUCGUCUGAUAAUCCUCUCCUCGAGGAGAGUUCCCAAGGAUUAAUUCGAGUCCAAGCCCCUCAGUUUAGCAAGAUUUCCAUGGCGUUGCAGCUGACUGAAGAGCUGCAGGCUGUUGAUGUAUUAACACGCUUCCUCAGCCAGGACAGCUCACUGAAAGUGAAAAAAGAAGACUUGUGUCUCUAUGAAAUUGGUGGAAACAUCAAGGAGAGAUGCCUCGAUGGUGAGACGUUCAUGAAAGACCUCUUCCAGUUGAACCCGGCAGCAGAGUGGGUCAUCAAAUCUGUGCAACGAUAAGCUAUUUUCCACCGUCUUGCCCGGCUGGAUGCUCUGAACACCGCUGCGUCAUCAUCAUCAUCCGGCCCGCUGGUUUCUGCCGGUUCUGGACACACCUGGAUCCUUCACAUGUAGCAGUUACCAUGCAUUCAGUUCAUCCUGAAAUCUUCCACCAAACGCAAUAUUACAAUGGUCAUUUUAACAAUGAGAGUCAUGUUUUUUUUUGGGGUUUUUUUUUUUGGUUUUUUUAUCUCAGCUUUUCUAGGUUUUCACAUACUGAGACAUCAGAAUAAGACAAGCAGCCAGGGACCUGCUAGUUAAAGAAAACUUAGACCUCAAACACCACUAGCCUGAAGUCCAGGUCAAAGACUACCACUUUUUUAUUGUUUUGGUCUUUUGUUCUUGUGCACUGGUGGAAACAAUUCCUUGGUUUGUAAGCUGUGAUGUUUUUCUACAUCCUAUCACUCCACUGUGUUAAUAUAGAAACAAGCAUUUUUAACACCACGAGGUAGUCACAUGAGCAAAGUUUUUUGUUUGUUGUUUUGAGUUAUAUACUUCAUUUGUUCAUUUAUUUUCCCCAUUAAAACCAUCAGUUCAUUACAUUACCUGGCAUCAGUAGUAUUGUGUAUAUAUUGCACUGUUUCACUGUUAGGGAUACUUUUGUAAGUCCAUAACUGAAUGAAUGGAGGUGGAAAACCUAAAUUUUAACGUAUGAUAUACACCAGCAGAAGCUGAUCAAAAUGUCUUUGCUCCUUGUCUAAAAUCACGUUGCUGACCUUUCAGGACACGCUAUGAUGACACUGUCGAUGUGGUUCGUUGUGGACAUUUGACCCUUUUAGACUGCAGAUGUUUGAGUGUGUUAAUGUGUUAAUCCACCGGGAAGAACUGCUGAAUGUUGGUGCGCAAAUGUGAACAAACAGAAUUCUGCCUUUUUAUACAUACUGGUGAAUGUGUGUGCAACUUCACGCACAUUAUGUUCAGUCAGAUUUUUAUAACAAACGCUUGUUCAUUACAAAUAUUAAGUGCGCAUUAUAAUGGAGUGAAAGACUGACUGUAUAAACAAUUUGAAAUGAUGCAUUUGCACAGAAUGUUUUUUAAGGUGUCCGAACAUUCGAAAAAUGUGCAUAGCUUAUUUUGGUUUCUGGCUCUGCAACCUGGUAUGUUUUCAUUUGGACCACCACUCCCCACCCACCUAUUUCUUUUUUUAGAAAAUGAUUUUGUGCUUCACUUUGUAUUUUAUUCAGUUUUCAACAAAUCCUUAAUCUGAGUCUGUGUGAUUUUUCAGAUUCGGCAGCCUGUGUACGACAAUAUCCGGACUGCAAAUGUCUGUUUUAUGGAAAGCUGUAGCGUGCUCUUAAUUUGAAAAGAUGCUAUAGAAAUGUUCUAACUGUUCUGAUUUUUUAAAACUAUUAUCUAUAUGUGUUGCAUUAACUGUGAAUUGUUUUUUUUUUUCAGAUAAUGAUUUUUUUUUUUUUUUUGCCUCUGAAAUGACCACUAAGACUGUAAAUAAAC